UAAUCAUUCAGUAAAAGAGAAGAAUCAUUAACUAGGAGAAAAUGUCAAAUCUAAAAAUGAAAGAGGCAGCCCUUAUCUAUCUUGACAGAAGUGGAGGCCUCCAAAAGUUCAUAGACAGUUGCAAAUCCUACAGUGAUUCAAAACAAAGUUAUGCUGUCUAUCGAUUCAGUAUUUUAAUAAAUCCCUCUGAUAUUAUUGAGUUGGAUGCUGAACUUGGAAAUCAUAUUUUACACCAGCCUUUAAAAGCUGCUCAAGUUUUUCAAUCAAUUAAUAUACUGCUGAAGUUAACACAUUUACCUCCUCUGCCAAGUUAUAGUCUUGAUCUUUGUGAGUUUCCGCUUGAUUAUACAUCUCAAAGAUUUUAUAUGAUGCAAGGAAUUGUGAUUGCAAUGACAACUGUAACCAAGUAUACACAAGGUGCAAGAUUUCUAUGUUCAGAUGAAGCAUGCCCUCUUUCAAAAGGAUUUCAGUAUAUAAGAGUGCAUGUACCUGGUGCUACAGAGUCUGCAACAAUAAGAAAUGACUUUUUGUGUAAUCUAUGUUCAUCUUCACUUCAAGAAGACAGAAAAUUUAGAGUACUUGGUGAUAAACAGAUAGUUGAAAUAAUUACCACAAAGGCACUUCGUGCUUUUCAAGGAUAUUCUAACAACCAGCCAUUUAGGUUUCAAUCUCUCACAGUCUUCCUCAGAGAUGAAUUAGUGAAUGAAAUGAAUAUAGGAAAUGAGUAUAAGAUUAUUGGAAUUCCAACCUGUGUAAAAACAUCACAAACUGCUCUCUGUAUAGAGGCAAAUAGUAUCACUUUUUUCAAUCCAAAAGUUCCUUCAGGAAUUAGCGACAAUUUCAGGUGUCUCCUCUCUUUGACUUCCAGCUCGUACUGGAAGUUUACAGCAAUACUUGCCAAUGUCUUUGCAUCACAAAUUGUUCCUCCUGGGACUUACAAUUUGCUCAAGCUCUGUUUGUUGAUGAGUCUAGUACAGACAAGUGACCGUAACAAGGAACUGGAAGAUUGCCUGGAUCUUUUAAUUAUAACAAGUGAUAUUCUACUCGUAGACAGGCUUUUGAAUUUUAGUAUAAACCUUGUGCCCCGUGGUAUACGUCAUCCAGUCUCUACUGAAAUUUUUCCUACUCUAUCCAGGAAUAAGUAUGGAACUGGAGCAGUUAGCAUUCAAGGUGGCAGUGCUUUGCUAGCUAAAGGUGGUAUCUGCUUUAUAGGAGACUUGGCUUCACAGAAAAAAGAUAAACUUGAACAGCUUCAAUCAGCUGUGGAAAGUAGAAGCAUCACAGUAUACAUCUCGGGAAAGAAGUUUGGGGAUGAUAUGGAUCAGCAAAUGACUUUUCCAGUUCAGUGCAGUUUUUGGUCUUUUGUUGAUAUGGAUUCAUCUUCAAGAAGAAAUGUACAGAAAACCAAUACUCUAAUUGGUCAGAUGGAUUGCAGUUUGAUUCCAGCUAAUCUCAUAGAGGCAUUUGGAUUAUUGAUUAACUGCAAUGAGUCAUCUCCUUGCCACCCACUUCUUCCUACUGUGCAACAUACUUUAAAGAAAGCCAUUGAUCCUGAAGGGCUGCUUUAUGUAGCUUCUAAACAGUUCACAACUGAAGAUUUUGAAAAGCUGCUUGCUUUUGCAAAGAAUUUGAAUGUCGAAUUCAGCUUGGAGGCAGAAAGAAUGAUUCAUGGCUAUUACCUAGCAAGUCGCAGAAUCAGAACAGAUUCUAUAUGUGGAUCAAAGCUGUCAGCAUCUGCAUUAAAAUAUUUAGUUUCCCUAUCUGAAGCCCAUGCUCGACUGAACCUAAGGAAUAAAGUGCUUAAAGAAGAUGUACUUAUUGCAGCCUUAUUAUUUGAAACAUCUCUAACAUUGAAAUAUGGGGCCGCUGUACUUUGUGUUGCUCCAAAUGCAGUAUUUCCAUUUGAACUGUAUAAUGAAGAAUAUUUAGAGCAAAGGGAUAUCUAUCUGACUGAGUGCCAACAACAGCUCCAACAGUUUAUUGCCACAUAUGGACCUGGGACAGCUAUCUUUGCUAGCGAUGAAUAGGCAAUCUGAGGAAAUUUUUCCUUCAUUCCUUUUUAAGCAGUGGAAAAAAGUGUGAGUGAUUUUCAAGUAAUGCUUCAGGUAAUCUUGUGUGUAGGCGUACAUUAGAAUGCCACCUUAAAAAAUAUAAAAUAUGAUUUCUUCAAAUUAAUUGCUAAUGGAAUAAACACUAAUACAAAUCUCAAAGCCAACAGCAGAAAUUUAUAAUUUAGGAUAAUCUUAUUAAAAAAACUUCUGGUUAGCCCAGUGUACCAGUGGUCCACAGAUUAAAAUAUAAAGAAUGUUGCAAACUAAGCAAUGGAAAAAAAAUAGUAACUUUUGUGUAGUUCCCUCUAUUUGUCACAAGAUGGCAAUAACACUUUAAAUAUUUACUUACAAAGUAAAACGAUUUUUUUCUUCA